AUGACUUCAGUUGAGGAUUAUCCAUAUUCACAAACAAUCUUCAAAACAUCAAACCCUCCUACAGGAGACUUAGGUUUUGAAUUUCCAAGUACAAACAAUACAUUAGAAUAUUUCAAUUUUCAACAUUCACAACCAUUAGUUGAUAACAGUACCCCAUCAUUGGGUAUCCAUGAUUCAGCAUUAGCCAGUAUGGUUCCAUUAAAUUCAGGUGAUUAUUCAAACUUCAAUCAAGUUCAACCACAUGCUUUGUUAUCAAGUGCAAGUUAUUUAGGGUUAGACAAUUCACAAAUGACACCUUCAUUGGAUCCAUUAAGUUCUGUUGACACAACUACAUCUACAUCUACAUCAACAUCAAACUUGACACCUUUUGAUCAAAAUUCCCAAAUUCCAUCAUCCGCUACCACUUCAAACUUUCCAACAUCUGUUUUUGUUUCAGAAGAAUCAGUUUUCCCUCCAGUUGAUGCCUUUGCACCACCAAGUAUAGGUGCUCAACAACAACAAAUGCCACAACCUCAAUAUCAAUUACACCAACAAAGUACACCUCAAUUUCAACAACCAGCUUUCUAUCCACAACAAUCCAACUUUAUUCCUCAACAACAAUUACAACAACCACAACAUUUCCAAAGAUCUAGAUAUUUAAGUGAACCAAACAUCAUGACUGCAACUAAUAAUGAUUCACCAUUUUCUUUAUCUCCACAAUCAAUUACAUUUGGAUCAUCACAUGAACAAGCAUCAAACUCAAACACAACAUUUUAUGAAUCUGAUUCAAACUUGAAUAAUCCAUUAUAUCCAAGAUAUAGAGUUAUUAGAGGUAUUUCAUCAGGUGGAUCAGCUACAAAACCACCAAGAAUCAUGACUAGUGCUAAUCAUCAUUAUACACCAGUUAACUUAGAUAUAUUAGAUGCUAAUUUAGAGGAAUGCUGUUAUCCAAAUUGGGAUGAAGAAGAAAAAUUUGAUAAAAGAAGAAUUAUUAGAGUUGAACGUUAUCAAGUUGGAUCCAAGAUUGUUGCACAAUUUUCCAUUGUUGGGUCUGCAAAAGAAAACCCAACUCCAAAGAAAUCUGAACCAGGUGUUGAUGUUGUUGAAGUUUCUUGUUUAGAAUGUUACACUAAAUCAAGUGAGGAUACAGAUGCUGAAGAAGAUGCUGGAUUCACCAAUGGAUUUGAAAAUGAUGAAGCAAGAAAGAAUUUCUACAUCACUAGUGUUGAAGUUAUCAAGAUUGUUGAAUUGUUAAUUGGUACUGAAGUUCAAGACCCAGCUGAGCGUCGUCGUGAAAGAGGUCGUAUUAGAUCAAAUUUGGUUCCUUUCUGGUCAAAGAGACCAAUUAGUUCAAGAAUGUCAAAUAACGAAUUAAGAUCAAAUUCAGCUUCACCAAACUCAAGUAUGGAAUUAUCAGAUUUUAGAAUUGAAUUAGCUACAAGAAUUAUGGCUUAUGAAACAAGAAAACCAAGAGGAUUUGAUAAAGAAGUUCGUAUUUUAAAAUGGGAAAAAUUGAUUCCAGCUUUAAGACGUGCUUUACAAAGUUAUUAUGUUGAAAUACCAGAUGGUCAAGAAGAUUUUUAA